CCCACUCACUCUGGCUGUACAGACGGAGCCGGGAGGAGGGGAGAUCAUCAGGGUGCUGGUGAUGGGGGGAGCUCACAUUGACUUCAGGGCAAAGGAUGGCUUGACCCCUCUCCACAAGGCUGUCAGAGCACAUGUGCACACUGCCCUACUGGCGCUGUUGUCUUUGGGGGCAUCUCCUGAUUAUAAGGACCGCCGUGGGCUGACACCACUUUACCACACUGUGCUGAUAGGGGGCGACACCUCCUGCUGCGAGACCCUCCUCUACCACAGAGCCAAGCUGGGGCUCCGUGAUGAGAAUGGCUGGGACGAAACCCAUCAG